AUGCCUUCCUGAGGCGGAAAUGCCUCUUGCUACCUCCCCAGUCAACUUUUGUGUCUGACUUUUUAGGUGGCCGGUCGCAAGGGAUUCCCUCAUGUGAUUUACGCCCGUCUUUGGAGGUGGCCUGAUCUUCAUAAAAAUGAACUCAAGCAUGUCAAAUACUGUCAGUAUGCUUUUGACUUAAAAUGUGACAGUGUCUGUGUAAACCCUUACCAUUAUGAGCGUGUAGUGUCGCCUGGCAUCGAUCUAUCAGGGCUGACACUACAGAGUUCUGCUCCAUCCAGCAUGCUGGUGAAGGACGAGUACGUCCACGACUACGAGGGGCAGCCGUCGCUGAGCUCCGCCGAGGGACACUCGGUGCAGACCAUCCAGCACCCACCAAGUAACAGGGCCUCGACAGAGCCUUAUAGCACCCCAGCCAUGUUAGCUCCCACUGAGGCUAGCACUACCAGCACCACUAAUUUUCCCAACAUUCCCGUGGCUUCAACAAGUCAACCUACCAGUAUAUUGACAGGUAGCCAUAGUGAUGGACUCUUACAGAUUGCUUCAGGGCCUCAGCCAGGAACUCAGCAGAAUGGGUUUACAGCUCAGCCAGCCACUUACCACCACAACAGCACCACGACCUGGACUGGGAGUCGGACGGCAGCCUACACACCCACCAUCCCUCACCACCAGAACGGCCACCUGCAGCACCACCCGCCCAUGCACCCCAGCCACUACUGGCCGGUUCACAACGAGCUCGCAUUCCAGCCUCCAAUAUCAAAUCAUCCUGCCCCAGAGUACUGGUGUUCGAUCGCGUACUUCGAGAUGGACGUGCAGGUCGGGGAGACGUUCAAGGUCCCCUCCAGCUGCCCCAUCGUCACCGUGGACGGAUACGUGGAUCCUUCUGGGGGAGACCGCUUCUGCCUGGGCCAGCUUUCCAACGUGCACAGAACAGAAGCCAUAGAGAGAGCGAGGUUGCACAUAGGCAAAGGGGUGCAGCUGGAGUGCAAGGGGGAAGGCGACGUGUGGGUGCGGUGCCUGAGCGACCACGCGGUGUUCGUGCAGAGCUACUACCUGGACAGGGAGGCGGGACGUGCCCCGGGGGACGCCGUGCACAAGAUCUACCCAAGUGCAUACAUAAAGGUGUUUGAUUUGCGCCAGUGCCACCGUCAGAUGCAGCAGCAGGCUGCCACUGCCCAGGCUGCCGCUGCCGCUCAGGCUGCAGCCGUGGCAGGGAACAUCCCCGGGCCGGGAUCCGUGGGUGGAAUCGCCCCAGCCAUCAGUCUGUCGGCCGCCGCCGGGAUCGGCGUGGACGACCUGCGCCGCCUGUGCAUCCUCAGGAUGAGCUUCGUGAAGGGCUGGGGGCCCGACUACCCGCGGCAGAGCAUCAAGGAGACGCCCUGCUGGAUCGAGAUCCACCUGCACCGCGCCCUGCAGCUGCUGGACGAGGUGCUGCACACCAUGCCCAUCGCGGACCCCCAGCCCCUGGACUGAGACCCCGCCCGCGGCGCCGUGAGGGAUGGUGGAUUUGUAUCAUAACCGUUCUGUUUAUAACCCGGAGAUACAUCUUAACUUCUGUCUCUGCUUAACCUUCCGGAAAAAAAAACAAAAAAAACAAAAAAAACAAAACAAAACCAGGUUUUAAAAAUGUGUUUGCCGCCUUGCUCUCAGCAGAAAAAAGGAAACCGAACGCGCGGAAAUUUUGGGGUUUCAGUUGUUUUUUUCAGAACUUAAAAUUUGUCGGGAUAACGGGGGCUUUGAAAAGCGAAAGGUGAGCGCCCUUUGGAGGCUUCACAGUGUUGGGUUUGGUCCCUUUGUUCCCUCUGAAACUUUUUCCUUCUCUUAUCGUGGCAUCUUGGUGAUAAACUUCACAGGAGCCUUUUGUACGCAGAAUAUAUAUUAUAUAUAUAUAUUUAUAUCUGAAAUUUUUCCUUCUAAUAGUUACAAACAUUUACCUUAUAGGGCCUUUAAAAUUCCAGCUGAUUUGUGACGUUCUGUUUAGGGAAGAGUAGUUAGCAGGAGACUUCUUUACUUUUGUCGAUGACCUUGUUAUGGUUUUUUUCCAGGUUAAAGCCUAGAAGCUGCCAAAAAAAAAAGUGAGGGGAUGAGACAACAUGACAUUGUCGGUUAAAAACUUCAUCAUUAGGUUUUUUGGGAGAGGAAAAAAAAAAAA